AUGACCAACUCCAGCACCAAGCGCGUGUCAUAUUUCUACCAUCCUGAGGAAGGGCACUUUUACUAUGGCCCUGGUCACCCAAUGAAGCCGCACCGCAUGAAACUAGCUCACCAUUUGGUGGUGAAUUAUGAUUUGUACCGCAAAAUGGACAUUUUUGAGCCACAUAUUGCUUCGGCCGAGGAGAUUAAGAAUUUUCACGCGCCAGAUUACGUUGACUUUUUGCAGCGUAUCAGCCCUAGUAAUCAGAAAAACUUGGUUCCGGAGCUUCAGAAAUUCAACUUGGGCGAGCUGACGGACUGUCCAGUAUUUGACGGCAUUUUCGACUUUUGCCAAAUCUAUUCGGGAGGCACGUUAGAUGCUGUAAGUCGACUGAAUCACGGACAAUGUGACAUUGCCAUCAAUUGGGCAGGGGGUCUGCACCACGCCAAAAAGUCGGAAGGAUCAGGAUUCUGUUACGUAAACGACAUUGUGCUGGGUAUUUUGGAACUGCUAAAAUACCACCCGCGCGUUCUUUACAUUGAUAUUGAUGUGCACCAUGGUGACGGCGUUGAAGAAGCUUUCUACGUGACAGACCGGGUGAUGACUGUAUCGUUUCACAAGUACGGAGACUUUUUCCUGGCACAGGCGAUAUUAAGGUUUUGUGGACCCACGACUGCUGAUUCAGAUAUCGGCACCAAAAACGGCAAAUAUUACGCUGUUAAUUUCCCGUUGCUGAGCGGCAUGGACGAUGCAAGUUACGAAAGCGUUUUUAAACCGGUGAUUCAAAAGGUGAUGGAGACGUUCGCUCCCUCGGCUGUAGUGCUGCAGUGCGGUGCGGACUCGCUUACAGGAGAUCGACUUGGCUGCUUUAAUGUCACUACUAGGGGUCACGGCGAAUGCGUCAAGUUCGUAAAAAGCUUUGGCCUGCCGAUGCUGGUGCUGGGAGGUGGUGGAUACACGAUCCGCAAUGUUGCCAGGGCAUGGGCUUACGAGACGUCGAUCCUGUUGGACGAAGAGGUGUCGAACAAUAUCCCGUACAACGAUUACUUCGAGUUUUACGCUCCGAAUUUCAAACUGCAUCUCGAGCCGGAUCCGGACCUUGAUGAUGCAAACUCGAGGGAGUAUUUAGACGAGUGCAAGAACAAGAUCUUUGAGAAUCUUCGGGCUCUAACGGGAGCGCCAAGCGUUCAAAUGAGUCAAGCCCCUCCGACGCAUAUGCUGCGCGAGGAAGACGAAGAUGCAGCAGAUCCGAACUCGCGCAUGGACAACGACGGGAGACGGCAGCACGAAGCUGAAUUCUAUCGAGAUGACAAAGACCAGCGAGGAAAUGACGACGAUGAUGUUGACAGUGCUAAAGGAUCAGGCGGUCCUCAUCACGCUACAGAAGCGGACAAUACGGCACCGGACGUCAUUCCGAUGGAUAUGGAUUAG